AUGAUCGAUGAGAACAUCAUUUGGGGCACUGUAUACACACGACACUCUAAAGACGCGCGUACACAAUGGCAGAAGCGCUUUACGAAGAUUGAAGAGUGGGUGGCGGGUGGUAGUGGGGGUCGAUGGCUUGGUAAAAGCCCUGAUGGUCCAACGAUGCCUGACUUUGCGUUGGCUGCUAAUGUGAUAUACAUGAAGCAGAUGUAUAAUCGGGACCCAUUGAAAGGAUUUGCGAGACUAGAACGUUGGUUUGAGGAGUACAUGAAGCAUGAGGACUACACAGAAGAGCCUAUAAUCCCGGAUCAUGUUCGAAUUGGCGAUGAUUUUGAGUACUAGAUAUGUUCAAGCAUAUUACGAG